AUGAGCUCUUUCGACAAGAUUGACGAAAAUCUGUCAUUCGACGUCGUCAUCAUUGGCGCAGGCAUCUCCGGAAUCAACGCCGCCUACCGCAUCCAAACCGAAGGACCUUCCAAUGUGUCCUAUGCUAUCCUCGAGGGCCGGGACUCAAUCGGAGGCACAUGGGACUUGUUCAAGUACCCCGGCAUUCGAUCCGACUCGGACAUGUUCACUUUUGGCUUCCCUUGGAAUCCAUGGAAACACAACGAAACUCUGGCCGCCGGUGACAAGAUCAAAGACUAUAUGAUCGACUCCGCGAGGUCAGCAGGUAUCGACCAUCAUAUCUGCUACAAACAUAGUGUUUCUGAGGCCCACUGGCACUCGGAGAAGAGGAGGUGGGAACUACAAGUGGCUCGACCGAAAGAUGAUGCACCGGUCGUUUUCCAGGCCCGACUUGUCAUCCUCGGUACUGGCUACUAUGAUUACAAGACGCCACUCCAGACCACCAUUCCAGGUAUCGAGAACUUCAAAGGGAAGGUCAUUCACCCUCAAUUCUGGCCCGAAGACUACGACUACACAAACAAGGACGUAGUUGUCAUUGGAAGCGGCGCCACCGCUGUCACAAUUGUACCGUCCAUGGCCGACAAAGCGAAACGGGUCACUAUGCUGCAAAGAAGCCCAGGUUACAUUUUUCCGCUGCCCUCAAAUAGCUUCUUUACGGCACUUCUUUUCACCAUCUUGCCUGCCAGUAUGGCCCACUUUCUCAACCGGCUCCUGUGGCUCUUCAAGAGCUACUUCACGACACUUCUCUGCAAGUCCUGCCCCGGGCUGGCGAAAAAGAUCAUCAAAUAUAUCACCAUCAAGCAGCUCCCACCUGACGUUAGCUGGGACCCUCACUUCAAACCCCGCUACAACCCAUGGGAGCAACGGUUCUGCGCCUGCAUGAACGGUGACUUUUUCGCUGCUAUCCGGUCGGGCAAGGCAGAUGUGGUCACAGAUAAGAUCAAGACUAUCGCUGAGAACCGCAUCGAGCUCGAGUCUGGAGAAGCUUUGCACCCAGACAUUAUUGUCACCGCGACAGGCCUGAAGCUUCAUUUCGGCGGUGGCAUCAAGUUCACGAUCGACGGGGAGGCCUUCAGCGUGGCGGACAGGUAUGCUUGGAGAGCGGCCAUGCUCCAAGAUGUCCCAAAUCUACUCUUUGUGACGGGCUAUGAGAAUGCGUCCUGGACAUUGGGGGCGGAUGUCAGCUCACGGCUCUUUGUUCGCAUUCUCAACAGGAUGCGAGAACGGAACGUGACCACCGUGGUGCCGCGAAUGGUUGUAUCGGACAACAUGCCGGUUAAGCCCAUGAUGACCUUGACUUCUACCUACUUGAAGAACGCCGGUUCUGUGUUUCCAAAGGGCGGAUCAGGGCCAUGGAGCCCCAAGUCCAAUUAUUUUUCAGACAUGGCUGGGGCGAAAUGGGGAGACAUAUCUACGGAUUUAGAGUACUUGUAA